UGCCGCAUGUGGGGUGUGUGGUCCGUAUUGGCCCGUCCCAUUAGUGUGCAGGGAGAGCCGGCGUUUGUCUGUUCGGGUUCGUGCGGAGGGAGAUGUGCAUAUCCCCCACAUUGUUGAUUGACGAACACCGUGCUUACUGUCUGUCAAGGUCCUUUUAGGAUUGCUUUUCGGUUGGCUGGUUGCCGGUCUGGAGGUACUUCUGCACUGCCGCUGGCGCUGCAGGCGGUUAGCAAGACUCCGGCAAGAUGGCGUUCGCCGGGCUGAGGAAGCAGAUCAACAAGGCCAACCAGUAUGUCUCGGAGAAGAUGGGCGGUGCCGAGGGCACCAAGCUCGACGACGAGUUCACCGAGAUGGAGCGGAAAACGGAUGUCACCAACGAGCUGAUCGAGGAGCUUCAAGUGAAGACCAAGGAGUUCCUGCACCCCAACCCCACCUCACGCGCCAAGAUGGCCGCUGUGAAAGGCACCUCCCAUAUCAGUUUCAAUCGCAUCUCCAAGCUGUCGGGCCAGGCCAAGGCUGCCACCUACCCGCAGCCGGAGGGCGUGCUUGGCGACUGCAUGGUCAACUUCGGCCGCAAACUGGGCGACGAGGAGCCGUUCGCCCAGUCAAUGAUCGAGACCGGAGAGGCCAUGAAGCAAAUAGCCGAUAUCAAGUACGCACUCGAUGACAGCAUGAAGCAGAACUUCCUGGAACCGUUGCAUCAUCUUCAGACCAAAGACUUAAAGGAAGUAAUGCACCACCGCAAGAAGCUGCAGGGACGCCGGCUCGACUACGACUGCAAGAAGCGGAAGCGCGAUAGAGGAGCUCACAUCCCCGACGAGGAGAUCAAGAUGGCUGAGGACAAGUUUGCCGAGUCGCUCCACCUGGCCCAGAUGAGCAUGCACAACCUGCUGGAAAACGACGUGGAGCAGAUCAGCCAGCUGGCCACGUUCGCCGAGUCGCUGCUGGACCACCACCGUCAGUGCAGCGACAUCCUGACGGCUCUGCAGGAGACGCUACAAGAGAAGAAGCAGGAGGCGGCGGCGCGCGCUCGGCCCGAUUUCCAGCCGAAGACGCUGGCCGACCUGGGCAUCCAGAGCAGCGCCGCGUACCAGCCGGACGGCACCAACGGCGGCCUCAGCAGCGGCAGCGCUCCCAGCGCGUCGCCGCUGCCCUCCCCAAUGCGGUCGCCAGCGAGGACACCAAACGUGCAGAGCCCCUGCGCCCAGGCGCUGUUCGACUUCGAGCCCGAGAACCCCGGUGAACUGGGCUUUAAGGAGGGCGACACCAUCAAGCUGACGCAGCAGAUCGACGACAACUGGCUGGAGGGCACGCUGAAUGGCCGCACCGGCUACUUCCCCACCACCUACGUCCAGACGCUGGUGCCGUUGAACCGCUAGGCGGCGCCGGCAGCGCGCCCGGGCCCCGGGCCGACUGGUCGUCUUUCCCGGCUGCUGGCGGCGCAGCGCGUCUCGAGUAGGCCCUCCGCGAGCCGCACGCGCCACUGGAGCGAGCGCGAUGCGGCGCCGGAGUCGGCGCGCCGUUCCAGCCGGGCCAAGCUAGAGAGAUUGUACUGGGCCGUUGUGAUUGCCGGCCGCGCCACCGGCCGCCCACAGACCCUUGUUACGUUUCCCAGACUUUAAUCCGCGAUAUUACGAGUGGAUGUUAACUGGUAAUCCCUAUAACUGUUGCUGGUUUCGUGUGUGCUGCGGUUGGCGGCGGGCACGGGCGGUGGUGCGUCAGCUCCCGGGCGGACGAACAGCCCGCGGGACCGUGACCCGAGGUCGCCGACAAUGGUAGUGACAUUCACCGCGCUCGGCACUCCCGGCGCAGCUAGGUGUGUCGUCUGUCCGCUGUUCGUGACAUAUCGGCCGAGCGCGAGGCGCAGCUCGGUGACGGUCCGCUCUUCUCGUGUACUGGCAGUCGUAGUGACACCGUCUGUGUGUAUCGCUCUCCGUCUCCGCCCCGAGCGCGGGUUCGAUCCGCUCGGGUCACCGUUCUCUUCUCUGUGCACCUGCUCGUGCGACUCUGGUCCGUCUCCCGUGUCUUCCUCGCUCUGUCUGCACGAUGUCGGGCGGUCUCGGCGCCGCGCCCAUCCCGCCGCUCCGCUGCUCCCCGUCGUCCCCGCGUGUGGCGCGGUGCCGUGUCCAUCUGCGCUGUCACGCGGGCCUCCGGGCCUUCACCUCACCAUGUGCAAUGAUGCGGCGGCCGCGGCCGGGCUGGGUCCGUGCGGGGCGGUGCGAGCGGCGGCGCCAGCCGGCCCCAGUCCCGUGUAGCGCCAGCGAACCGGGCCAUCGGGCGUGUCGGCAGCCCCGACGGCCGACCUGCGGCCCACGUCGGCCAGGGCGACGCGUGCGCGACUGGGCCGGCUCCGGGGCCGACUGUACGAGGAGAGCUGACGUGCGUGUGUCUGACAAUACAGCAUCCCCACAGAGU